AUGCUCGGCUGGAUGGGUGGUCAAACUGAACGCGGUGCAGCAGACGAUUCUAAAGUCUUGGAGCCUCCAGAAACCCCUGCGCCCGUGUUCGCGCUACGCGCAUUCCAAAGCGCGUUGUUUGGAACGCCCAAGGCCGACGAUGAAGACAAUACCAAUGCUCAUCUAAAAUCCAAGGAGCAAGCCCACAACCGACACCCAGUCAGAGACAGCACCGUGCUCAAGCCGACUGGGCGAACCGGAGAUAAUUCAAAGGACGCGACGGCGGAUAUCGAUCUCGCUGUGAACACGAUGGCAUCCCCGACGAAAAGCAUUCUCAUGACGCCCGGUACCGUGUCAAACCGGAGGAAGACAGUCUCUUUUGGAGAUGGUGUCGUGGACAAUGAGCGCAGGCGCGACGAUAUUUCGAACAAGGUCGUGAAGACCCCAAUACCCACUACAGGAAAUAUCAGCAGCCAGUGGGCAUCGGGCUCGUCAGAAGGAAAACGAAGCAAACUCACCCAAGCACUGAUGGACUCGCGCGAAAAACCUUCCAGGGCCUCUGAGAGGCCUUCUCAAAAGCCUGAGGAGACUCGCUCGGCUAAGGUUAGCUCCAACCCCCAGGCAGCGCCCGUCCAAGGUGACGACAAUGAAGAUACAAUCAACAUGAACGAACCACGAUCGCGGUCCGGGAAAUACUGGAAGGCGGAGUUUGACAGCUACCGGUCCAAAACAGCCCUGGAGAUAAGGAGACUAAUUCAGUAUCGUUCAGCCGCCAAAACAUAUGCCAAGAAGAAGGAUGAGGAGGCCUACCGCUUAGCUGCAAAGCUGAAGGAGGAAGAGCUCAGGGUCGAGGAGAUGGAACGCCAUGUAACGCAACUUGCCUCCACGAUGGUCGCAGAUAAUACGCGCGCAGAUAAAGAACAACUCGUCCAAGAUCUCACGAAACAGACGGCUUUGGCGUUGCAAUACAAACACAAGGUCAGUGUACUACGCAAGGCCUUGGAACAGCACGGUGUUGUUGGCACCGAAAUCGGCAAUAUUGGAGGUCAACCGGAACCCAGCACUGCUCCCAAGGAGACCUCGGAAUCUUUGCGAAAGUCCCAGCAGGAGCUGGCCCAAGCGAACGCCAAAAUUGAGGACAUGAAACAACAGCAGUCGGACUUUGAGAAACUCAGAGGACUCGCCCUCAGUUCCGAGCAGAAGGCCUCAGAUUUGGCGAAGGAAAACGCGUCACUCAAGCAUACACUUGCGCGUUUCAAACAGGAAGCAUCGAAAUAUGAAGGUCGUCGCAAGGAAAGGGAAGCGAAGCUGAAAUCUCGAGAGUCCAAACUAGAAAUGCGGAUCCAAGAGUAUCGCGACCGAUUGAAGUCAACGUCCCAGCAGCACCGAGAACAAGAAGAAGAGCUGAAAGUAUCAUUCGACCAAGAGCGCCGCCAGAUGCAGGAACAGAUCGAUGUACUAAAGACCAAGUUACGGGCUUUCGAAAGUGUAACAGAACUCAGGGUGCGACCUCGCCCUGAAAGCCGCAGAGAUUUUCAUGGAAUUCAGGCAUACGACCUGGGCACUGCCAGUCCUCACAAGGAUGCCCUAGACGAGACCGGCGAAACAGAUCAACCACCCAGUCCAAGUCCACGCGGCAAGGAUCGCCGUGCGUACAAGUUAGGGACUGACCUUACAGACUCGGAUCUGAGACGGGCAAUGAAGGAAAUGGGCAUUGAAGAUAUCGACGAGAAGUUCAACAAUUUGGGAAUAGCCCCUCUAAAGUCGUUCAAGCCUCCUCGAUAUCGAGAUGACACUGAUGUCCUCCCGCCGUCUUCGCCGCCCGAAGUCGCGACGUGGUCCGGUUCAGCCCAACGCCAUAAUUUAGAGAAGCGUCACUCACACCAGCUCUAUGUGCCUCGUCGGUCUCUAGACGAUAGCCAGCAAAUCCAGCCUAAUCGUCUCCAGUCCCGACGGCCAGCUACAAAAUACGCUCUUGACCAACCGUCUUCGGCCCCAGAUGCAAGUCAUAUGGACCGCGCCAGGAGACGGCAAACCAUUGCUACUGGCGCUACUUCGCAACGUGAUCCAUUGUCACUCGAUCGGAAAAUGGCUGCUCAAGCACGCCUUAAGCGGAGGGACGAGUCCCGCAAGCUUACGCGAGAUGAUGGCAAAGAGAACAUGCGGACGACUGUGAGAGCUUAA